UAUCACAUUUCUAUAUCGGUCAAUAGAAGGAAGGCGAGUGUCAAACAUGUAUCGUAUUAUCUUUUUCAUUAUAUUAGCUGGUAAUACUCCGUAUAGUCGAACUUUGUACCCAGUGCGGCAUAUAAGGGCAAGUGAUGAUAGUGGAGAUGACUAUAGCUAUGUCGCAGGAUCCACAGAAGCCAGCGAUGUCACACUGACAGCAGAUCCCUUACCAGACAAAGAAUCGUGCGCGCGAUUGAACGGUGUUUGUGCCGAAAUAGGUAAUUGCCCACGCGGAUCCAAGAUAGAAAUUAGAGGCUUAUGCCCAGAUGAAGACGACAACGACAUGGAAUGUUGUAUACCCUAUAAAAGGCAGAGCAGAUGUUGCCACACUCGAUCUGCUUGUGUGCCCAAAGUCUUUGAAUGUUCACAGCACUACAGAAUAUACGAGAAGAUCUAUAUGGCUACAUAAUUUGUAUUGUCCAAAACACUUAAUUAUUUCCAAUAGCAUGGAAACUUUCCAAAAUCAAAAUUAUUAAAUAAUAACCACAACAA